AUGUUGCACAAGUACGACAAAAUCGAAGAUGCCAUGGCAGCGUGCGUAUCCCUCGAGUACCCACUCAUCAUCGCUCUGCACGACAAGCUGCCCACCUUUCUGAAUAACGCAGACGAGGCCACUUGCGGCAGCGGUGCCAGUGGUGUGGCAGGUGGGCGCAGUGCUGCCGAGCUGACGUUCUCUUUUCUGCCUACGUCGCGCAGCAUGGCCAUGAUUCAGUCCAGUAGCAGCUUCUUCGCCGAUGGCUCCGACUCGUGCGAAGCGUCGCACACGGCACCCGACCUCGCCGCGGCGGCGGCGAACUCCUCCCUCGGCUACCUUAUGAGGCCAGCAAACCUAACGGCAGCCGCCGCGGCGAACGCGUCGUUGAUGGCGCAGGCACUUGCAGAUGGCGAAGAGCUCGCUCUUGUGCCGGACUUUCCGUUAGGCAGUGUGCAGGGCGGAGCUGCACAGCGUGAGGCGCUGCUCGUCACCUUCCUUGAGAGCCGCCUCGGCUCCGUCAUGCUGUUGCAUCUUAUCGAGGCAGAGACCCCGGACUACGCAGCUUUCUCCACUGCUGUGCCGGCGGCACCAGGCACCCCUGGCAUUUCACUGCCGCGUGUGCACAUCUUCUUCCCGCCGAGUGCAGGCAUGACACCGGUCGUGCUGAGUGGGAACUUGCUGACUCCGCAGAGCGUGUACAACUGCGUGCAGAUGAGUCUGCUAAAGCCCAAAGUGCACACCUCUCCAGCGACGGCCUCAGGCGGCACGGAUGAGCUUCUCUCCUUCUUCUCGGCCACCGUGUCUGCCAUGAACCGCGAGUACGCGCGCGCGCGUCAGCGGGCGAAUUCUGCUUCACCCAUCGCCGACUUGAGCGCCGCCCCGCUGCUUCAGCAGCGCCACAGCGACCCCGCCGCCACGACGGGGAUGGCGGCAGAUGGUGAAAAGCCCACAACGACCGCACCGAUCGUGGCGGUGCCGGCGCAGCGGGCGAAGGGGACAAGCAGCUCAGACGCACUAGAAGCAGCGCAUUCGAUUCGCGUUGCAGGGCUUCCUAUGUCCUUUACCACCUCUGCGACGGCACAGGCAGCGCACAAGACGAUUCUCACCACCUCAAGCAUGACGCUUCAGACAGUGUGGCGGGUGGUGGAGAAGCACCUGGAGUGGGCGCAGCGGGAGGUGCAACAGGCGCAGGCGGCGUCGACGUGGAACGGGACCACACCGCCAAAGCCCGGGGCAAAGCUCACCUUUACGAUCGAGCCUUCAGCAACGUCAGCGGAGGCGGCCGCGGUGACGGUAACGACGAGGGAGGAGGCUGCCAAGGUGCGUCUGCAGGACUACCCGCGCAACACAGUGGUGAAGGUGUACUUCGACGGCGUUGCGCUGCCACCGCCGCAGCCUGCUGUACCGGCACCAGCGGCAGCGACCACAUCCGCCCUGCGGCCUAGCCAAUACAUGUGCGAGGGAGACGUGUGCCGUUGGCGAGUUCCUGAAGACACCCCGGCGCCUGCUGCCGCUGCGGUCGCAACCGCGGCACCGGCGCCAAAAGGGGAAUCGACACUCGCCCCAGCCUCGGUAGUAGCAUCGUCGGCGGCCACCGCAACCGCCUCUGUGAGGCUCCGCUGUUCACUCCCCAACGGUAAGACGCUGGACCUGGCGCAGCUGGACCCGUCCGUGGCCACCCUCCGCGACGACGUCCGCCCUGCCGUGGCAGACGCUCUAGGCUACGACAACUUCGUGUUUGUAUGCGCCUACCCACCGAGGCGGUACAGCAUUGAGACGGAUGAGCCGUUGCCGCUGAAGGAGGUGGAGCUCGGUCGAUCCAGUGCCCUGCGUGUCGUGUCGCUCGACGGUCCUACGUCCCCCGAUGCGUCGAGCAGAAGGGCGCAGCCGCAGCCGCAGCCAGGGCACACACGGCAGAUGCUCGUCAACGCUGCCUCUUCUCUGAUGGCAAUGCUUGCCAGCGCUCGUGGCAACCAAGGUGGGGCACCAGGAGCAGCAACAGCAGCAGCCUCCCCAUCACCCGACACACGUCAGUCGCAGCAGCAGCGGCGUACAUUCAACUCGAUGGCCGAAAUGCUGGCAGCGAACGAGGAGGCAGAGCGGCAGACAGCCAUGGAACGCCUUCGGCAAGAGCAGGAGCAACAGGGACUCGGGUCGUCGUCCUCGUCUCGCCAUCAGCCGGACGCCGAGCAGCGGGCACAGGGCAAGAAGUCCAACCGCUACUUUGGCGGCGGUUCCACCGAAUUCAUCGCCGAGGAUGGUCACGACGAAGUCGGAAAGGAUAGUGACGGCAAGCGCGUCGCAAUGGAGGGCUUAACACCUGAGCAGCAAGAAGCCUUCCUGAGUGCGCAGCUGCGGCAGCUCAUGAAUCGCCAUCGGCGGCAGUCCGGAGAAGCAGGCAAUGAGAACGAGGAAGACGACGAGGGAGGAACGCAGAGAAGGGUGGAGGGUUAUCGUGCCUUCCAGGGCCAAGGGCGACGCUUGGCUGGCGAUGCUCCGCCUGCGAGCGGUGACUCUUCGAAUACCGCCUCCCCCCACCCCCUGUCGCCAUCCGACUCAGCUCUCGCGCCGGCAGCCGAGAAGAAGCAGUAG